AUGGCCAACGAGAUACUCUCUGGAAAGGAUCUCGGAAUCCCCUUCUCGUUGGACGAGUACGAAGAUCGUCUGGUACCGGAAUUCCGAAUGAAAGACCGCCUCGCGUUUUGGGAUGGCCCGAUCCGCGCCUUCCUGCGCGAACACGGAUACGUGCUGUACAACAUGUGCGCCUUUCCGGAAUACGAUGUGGAUAGCCUCAUGUACCCCGCCCUGGAGACACCAGACCAAGCGCCGGACGACGACCGCUACGCGUUCAUGGAUGCUGACUACCCCGAGCGCGCGAUAUCCGAGCACGGAGGCGAUGAGCUUAUGUCUGACGCGAAGUGCCAGGGCCGCGCCGCGUUUGCGCAGGAUGCAGCGCGGCCGGGUCGCCACGUCGCUAUCAAGCUGGUCCGAGCCGGAAGCGUCGAAAUCCACACGCUCAAGCUGAUAUACGAAGCUUCGAAGGAGAAGCCCGUCCGCGGUCUCAUUCCCGUGCUCGAAAUCAUUCCAUUCCGCGGCCACUGGCUUGUGGUGAUGCCGAGGUGGGGCGAAGAUAUCAUGCUACCGUUUCCCACCGUCGCAGGGCCCGUCUACGAUCUCAUCGAAGACCUGCUCGAGGGCCUCGCAUUCCUCCACAGCCACAACAUCGUGCACAGGGAUCACUCGUCCAAAAAUCUCGUCGUGAACCACGUCCCCAUCCUCACCUAUGACGAUAUCAGAAACGUGCCUCCCACUCGACACGCGCUGGGACACGCCGGCGCCCUCCGACACGCGAUCUUCGACUUUGACGUCGCGCUGGUGUUCCCCGAUCGCGCGUCGGCUCGGCUGCCGUGGAUGGAAUUCUGGCGCGGCGCGGCCAAGGGCACGCAUGAUGUCAGGCAAGGGGAGUACGACUUUGAUCCCUUUGCCGCGGACAUGUGUAUCUUGGGUCUGUAUCUGGACGAUUCGUUGCGAUCGCAUAUCCCUUACAUGCCGAUCUUGGCACCGUUGAUCGACGGGCUGCUCCACUGGCAUGUGCCCUCGCGGCUGACAGCCGCUCAGGCAUUGGCCUUACUGCGAUCCCUGAGAGCAGAGAAUAGCUCUCUCGAACGUCAACGACUGCCCGCCGAGCGGUCUGUGCCCGAUCCAACAAACGACCUCUGGCGGGGUUUGUCCUCCGACUUCCUUACGAAGUGGGGCCACCUUCGCACUCCCCCGGAGCCACGGACGAGAAGGAUCUUUCGGAGAUUGUGCCACAAUCGGUUCAUGGCAUGGUCUGUGCGCUCUAUGCGCCGCGUAGCCUCAUUCAAGUCACUGGGAUCAGGAUCUGGCUAA